AUGGCUCAAGAAUUAACUCACCCUUCCAUCAAAGAUGGAUGGUUCGCCGAAAUUUCAGACACAAUGUGGCCUGGACAAGCUAUGUCGUUGAAAGUUGAAAAAGUAUUACAUGUUGAGAAAUCCAAGUACCAAGAUGUGUUAGUUUUCAAAUCUACUGACUACGGUAACGUUUUAGUAUUGGAUGACUGCAUCCAAUGUACUGAAAGGGAUGAAUUUUCUUAUCAAGAAAUGAUCGCUCACUUGGCUCUUAACUCCCACCCUAACCCAAAGAAGGCUUUGGUUAUUGGUGGUGGGGACGGUGGUGUUUUGAGAGAAAUCUUGAAGCACGAAUCCAUUGAAGAAGCUUGGUUAUGUGACAUUGAUGAAACAGUUAUUGAAGUUUCAAAGAAAUACUUGCCAGAAAUGUCUCAAUCUUACAAGAACCCAAGAACCAAGGUUCAUAUUGGAGAUGGUUUCAAAUUCUUAGCUGAGUACAAGAACCAAUUCGAUGUCAUUAUCACUGACUCUUCUGAUCCAGAAGGUCCAGCUGAAUCGUUGUUCCAAAAGCCAUAUUUCAGAUUGUUGAAGGAUGCCUUAACUGAAAAGGGUGUUAUCACCACUCAAGCUGAAAACAUCUUCUUACAUAUGGAAAUUAUUUCAAGAUUGAAGAAAGAUUGUAAGGAAAUCUUCCCAGUUGCUGAAUAUGGUUACACAAUGAUCCCAACUUAUCCUUCUGGUUCAAUUGGUUUCAUGGUUUGUUCUAAGGAUCCAAAUGCUAACGUUACUAAGCCACUCAGAUUCGACUGGGACGAUGAAUUCGUUAGAAAGAAUUUGAAAUACUAUAACAAAAAGAUCCAUGAAGCUUGUUUCGUUUUGCCUACAUGGGCUGAUGAAAAAUUGAACAAGCAAAAUUGA